AACAUUGUUUACUCCACCUCUCUUAACUUUUAGGGGAUUUGCCCUCAGCAUAUAUGAACAGACUGUGAGGCGUUCUUCACUCUGCUUUGGAUUAUUUGAAUUCCUGACAACAUGUCUGUCAGAUAUCUUGGAUUUGCGCUUCUGUUUUGGUUUCCAGGGUUGCAGCAAGCACAAAUUGCACCGGAGCCUUGUAGUGCUCCCAUCCUGAAUGGUGGAUAUUUUGUCCCUGACCAAGAAUCGUAUCCUCAUGACUCAAAGCUCUUGUAUUCCUGUGGUAAUGGACUUAAACCAGCUGUGGAGGGCUGGUGGGCAACAAGCACCUGUGAAAAUGGAAAAUGGUCUCAUGAUCCACAGUGUAUAAAUGAAACAUCCUGCCUUCCACCAACUACUCCCAACGCAGUAUACGAUGUAAAUCCAGAGGGCUGGUAUGAGGAGCGAGAUAAAAUAAGGAUAAAAUGUCUGGAAGGAUACGAACACAAAGACAGACACGCCACAGCUGUAUGUCAGAAUGGAGCAUGGCCCUCUCUACCGGUCUGUGAGAGAAGUAUCGAAUCAUGCAGUGAGCCUCCUAAGAUGCCUCAUGCAGUCAUCAUCAAUAUGAAAUUCCAAGAGGUGUUUGCUGAAGGUUCACAUCUGUUGUAUGAAUGUGAAGAUGGAUUUACAACAGAAGGGGAAGAAGAGAAGAAAAUCUAUUGUCUGUAUGGAAACUGGACUGAAAGCAGACCGUGUAGGCCAGAUUAUACCUGUUCAUUCGAUACUUCUCCAUAUGACAUAUUUGACAGAAGUCAAGUUAUACGUUUGAAGGAAGGAGAGUCAAAGGAGUUUCCAUGUCGUUACCCAGAUUACAGAAGCAUCAUCAAGUGCGCUAAUAGACAAGCCACUUACACACAGUGUUGUCACAUACAGAGACCUUCGGAUCAGUGCUAGUAAAGCAGAGCAGAGGAACCUGGAUCAGCUGGAGCAGAUGACUGACCGUUGGCUUGAAUGUGUAGCACUGCAGCUCCUAGAGUCCUGCUACUACGAUCAGUCAUUUGCUUACACAAACGAAGCCUACCGUUCACUAUUUGACCUAGGCGUCUUUGAGCAUGGAUGCAUUCAGAUAUAUAUUGACAUGCUCGAGACACUAUGCAGUGUGCAGACACAUGGAGAGUUUGUGUCGCUGAUUCAUGACGGUGUCCAAACUAAAUAAAUAAAAACCUCAUGCUUCA